ACAUCCAAACAUAAAGCAAAAGAUCACUUUAUUUUGCUUCGAUCUGUAAUUAGCAGAUACAGCGCCUAGCCAUGUCCAUGGCUGCCGCUACUUGCGACAAGGGCUUCUCUCGCAGUUAUAUGAUACUGAAACCAGAGGAAGUGCGUUUCUUCGAUCUCAUUCACAUACUGUUUUCCAGUGACGUAGGGAAAAGGGACUUUGUGGACAGCGCUGGUCCUGAUGGCACGGAGGAAAGCUUUCAUCGGAGGUGGCUCAUAUUCGUCUCCAUAGUUGCCCAGAAAUUCCUGCAAUUUGUGGCAAAGCCGCUGGGAUUUGUUGGAUCGGUGAUUGAGACGUGGCUGAACCUUGUUUCAAGUAAUCGCAGCUUGGGUAGGCUUUUCCUAAAUCUCUUUCAAGGGAGUGUGCAAAAAGUACCGGAUAAAUCAUCAGCAAAUUUCUUGUCGUUUAUUGGUAAUUUGGACAAGCGAUUGGAGUUGGACUGUAGCAUCAAGUGUGGAGAUGGUAAGUAUCAUGCGGCACUGUCUAUGAUGGCCUCUAAAGCAUCGUAUGAGAACAGAUCCUAUCUCGAAGCUACGGUCAAGGAUCAAUGGAAGAUGGAGUUCGUGGACUCUUAUGAUUUCUGGAACGAUUAUCAAGAAAAAGCCACAACACAAGCCUUUGUGCUUCGAGAUAAAAACGAAGGGCAGGAUACUAUUGUUGUGGCCUUUAGAGGAACCGAACCCUUUGAUUCAGAUGCAUGGUGUUCUGACUUUGACAUCUCCUGGUAUGAACUUCCUGAAGUCGGAAGAAUCCAUGGCGGCUUCAUGAAAGCCCUAGGGUUGCAGAAGAAUGUUGGCUGGCCUAAGGAAUUAGGUAAACAAGACGACAGCCCCCCAAAAUUAUUAGCGUACUAUGCCAUUAGAGACCUGUUAAAAGAACUUUUGAAACAAAACGACCAGGCAAGGUAUAUAUUGACGGGCCACAGUAUGGGUGGGUCUUUAGCAAUUCUCUUUCCGGCAAUAUUGUUAAUGCACGAGGAGAAAUUGUUGUUGGAGCGGUUGGAUGGUGUUUAUACGUAUGGGCAGCCUAGGGUUGGAGAUGUAAACUUUGGUAACUUUAUGGAAAAACAUCUGGAGGAAUACAAAAUACGGUAUUUUAGGUUUGUUUACAGCAAUGAUCUGGUGCCUAGGUUGCCCUACGAUGACAAAACACUGAUGUUCAAGCACUUUGGGACAUGCCUCUACUAUAAUACAGCAUACGAAGGAAAGAUUGUUUAUGAGGAACCAAACAAGAACUAUUUCUCACCCCUGGGAGCCAUUCCUAUGAUGCUAACUGCAUUUCGGGAGCUGUUCAGAAGCUUUACAAUCAAGUAUACAAGGGGACCGGAGUACAGAGAAAGCUCGCUCCUCAAAAUAUUUAGGGUAAUUGGUUUGAUAAUUCCAGGAAUACCAGCUCAUUGCCCACAAGAUUAUGUAAAUGCUACUCGAUUGGGACCCUCUGACUUAUUUCUCCCACGUCCCAAGGACCCAAAAAACCAAUCAAAAGUAGUUCAUGAAAACAUGACUGCGUGCCCAACACAGUUUUAGGAGUACUUGUUAUCAUGGCUGGCGUUGUUAGCUUGUCCUGAUCAUGAAGUAGUAUUGCAUUAUAAUUUGGUGUGGUUUGAUCUAAUUAAGGAUGGGAUUAUGGUAUUAAAUGAAGUUUUAGCUCGGAAACUGGAAAUCGAUCGAUCCCAUGUUUGGAAUUAAGUCUGUGCAGUACUAUAAUAUUAUUAUAUGUAAAUGAUCACCUCGAUCAGUACUGCUCCGUCCAGAAUCAGUCAUAUUGAUGUAUGCAUGCCUCCAAUAAAAUUAGAAUUAAUUAGCUUAUUAUUAA